GUAAAAAAAAAAAUCUCACAGAAUCGCUCAUGAAUUUUAUUCCUUGCCGACAAGGAAUCUAGUCUUUUCCUUUGUACUUUAAUAUAAAGGCGCUGAUGUGAACUGUGUUUUUCUUCAGUGAAAUCACUGCCUGCGAUCAGUGGGCUAGUUUACAGAAACGGAAUCAGAAUCAGAAGUUCAUUCACUCGAUCCGUGGGAGGCAGACACAAAACGUCGCACCUGCCCUUUCGGACUUAUCUCAGUCUUUUCAGGGACUUGCGCGAGAACAGCAACCAAGCGAAGUCCCUGAGCAGUAGACAACCAUUUGGAUUACAUAUACUUUCUCACGAUUUGGAUGAGCAAUGAUUUGGAUGAAAUGAUUUUCUGGAUGUAAGUUGUAUCUUUCGCGUCCAGCAUCCCAUCGGCUGUGUAAAGAAAAACGAAGGAAGGAAGGUGUUUCAAAAUUUCGGGAUUUGAAAUUCGUCCGGUCUAUUGCCACAACUGGUUCUGGCAGUUCGGGAACUUUACAAAGUAACUUUCUGAAUCUACUCGUCUGGAAAUGACCCCAACGGACUGCGCGACAUUGUCAGUGCUCCUAUUGCACUGUUUUACAUCUGUACAUGGGCUGGUGGAGAGACCCAGUCUGCCGCCCCCUCAGCUGUUUCCUGCAGGUGACAGACACCUGUACGACGUCCGGAGCACGCUCAAUCUCACCUGCAGGGGCUGGGACCAGGUGACGUGGAGCCUGCCCCGGGGCAGGCUGUCCUCCGAGGGGGCGCUGGUGGAGGAGGAGAGGUGCGACCGCGGGGGUCACAGCCACUGCAGCCAGCUGGUGGUGCGCAGGCUGGUGCACAACGACACGGGACCGUACGCCUGCCACUACGCCGACCGCACCCCGGACCGGGAGGCCGGCACCUACGUGUUCGUCAAAGAUGACAGACAGCCAUUUGUACACCAGCACAGCAACGAUCCAGACACCGUGACGGUGUUUGACGGUGCUCACCACAUCCUCAUUCCCUGCAGGACCACCUCUCCUGACUACCACGUCAAACUGGAGGGGCUACCCAGCAUAGCUGAAAGCAUCAAACAGGCGGCAGAGUGGGACCCACAGGUGGGGUUCAGGAUCCCUUACAUCGCCCACACCUACUACGCCCUGCUCACCUGCGUCACCACCGUCAACAGACACCGCAUCACGUCGAGCUAUAUUCCCGUGAAAUCAAGCCGUAUGCUGUCCAAUGUGAAGAUGACACCGGGGAGUGUCAGGCUGGUUGUCGGGGACAACCUCACCCUCACAUGCUCUGGACACGUCACCUACAAUGGAAGAAUUGGUUUCACAUGGACCUUCCCACAGAGAUCACGGAAUCGACCGCGUGAGUUCCGGGGCUUGAGGGAACACCCGUCCAGCACCUUCACGCAGAGCAACACCACGACGGUGCGCAACGUCACCAUGCAGGACCGAGGCACGUACAAGUGCACGGCGACGAACCACCAAAAAAAGAAGCAAGUCUCCGCUAAAGUCAUCAUUUAUGAGCACCCAUUCCUCAGUGUGAGCUACAAAGAGCGCAGCGAGAAAACUGUUCCGGAGGGCGAAAACACGGUGACCUUUGAUCCCCAGGUCAACGCACUCCCACUGCCAAACAUCGUCACAUGGUUCAAGGAUGACGUUCCUAUCAGUGUCAACUCGACUUGCUUUGAGCUGUCAGGCUACAAUCUCACCAUUAAAGACGUAAAGCGGGACGAUGCUGGAACUUACUCCGUCUCUCUGAGGAACACAGAGAGAAACUUGUCCACGUUUCUCCGCUACAACUUGACGGUUACAGUGAAGCCAGUGAUUUUGGAGGAGGAGGUGGCCAUGGAGGACAUGCAUCAUUACCUGAAAGGCGGGGAGUACUCUCUCACCUGCACCUCCUUCGGCAUUCCCCUGCCCCGCAUAACCUGGACGUGGCAGCCCUGCGACCCUGACCCCGCCCUCAAGCAGUGUAAGAAUUACGCUCAACCAGAGCCCGUCUACGCUAAUGGAGAACAGGGGAACAUGACGCAGCACCGGCACAACAAGAUUAAGUUCAUCGACACCAAAACUGCGGAAGUGAAAGGGAGGAACAAAACCAUCAGCACUCUGGUGGUGGCUGAGGCCAACGUCUCCGGGAUCUACUCCUGCCAUGCGGAGAACUCAGUGGGAAACUGCUCAUGGAACCCCCCUUUCUACGUGGACAGUCACCCAGAGGCCAUAGAGAUCAAGCCUCACAGGGCGAUCGAGGGGGACGACGUCACCCUGACCUGCAGAGCCACGCGGUACCUGUACUCCGAGCUGCUCUGGUACGACCCGCGGAACCGCACGGUUCCCGGCUCCGACACCUCGCUGCGCCUCUCCCCGCACUCCAUCUCCCUCUCGCUGCGGCUGGAGAACGUCUCCCGCGGCAACGUCAAGGGCUACGAGUGCCGGGCCUUCAACGACCACACCCACAAGGAGGUCCGAAAGAUGUCCAUGCUGCACGUCAAAAUCCAAGAGCCGAGGGGGCCCUGGCUGCCGCAGAACCUGACCAAUCAGGACGUGAACAGCGGCAGCACGCUGAUCCUGAACUGCUCCGCCCAGGGCGUGCCGUCGCCCAACAUCACGUGGUACAAGAUCGGUCGUCCCGUGCUGCAGGGUCCAGGAAUCACGCUGGCGGAGGACGGGUUCCUGACUAUCGAGCGAGUGAAGAAGGACGAUGAGGGCCUUUACGAGUGUCUGGCCAGAAACACCAUCGGGGAGGUGAAGACGCAAGCGGUCGUCACUGUAGUUGGUGAUGACGGGAAGCCCAACAUCGAGGUCAUUAUCCUGGUGUGCACUGGAGUGGCUGCCACCUUCCUCUGGCUGAUGCUCAUCCUCUUCAUCCGUAAACUGAGGAAGCCCAGUUCUGCAGACAUAAAGACAGGCUACCUGUCAAUCAUAAUGGACCCAGAUGAGGUGCCCCUUGAUGAGCAAUGUGACCGUCUGCCUUAUGACAGCAGCAAGUGGGAGUUUCCUCGAGACCGACUGAGACUGGGCAAAACACUGGGACAUGGAGCUUUCGGCAAAGUCGUGGAGGCAUCUGCAUUUGGAAUCGAUAAGUUGUCGACUUGCAAGACGGUUGCGGUCAAAAUGCUAAAAGGAGGAGCCACGACCAAUGAGUGCAAGGCCCUGAUGUCUGAACUGAAGAUACUGAUCCACAUUGGCCAUCAUCUCAAUGUGGUGAACCUUCUGGGAGCCUGCACCAAGCCAGGAGGUCCCCUGAUGAUAAUAGUGGAGUUCUGCAAGUAUGGAAAUUUAUCCAACUACCUAAGAAGCAAGAGGAGUGACUUCGAUGUCUACAAGAACCAGGACGGCAAGGGCGUGACGUCGGGGUCGGGCUGCAACCUGAGCGACCUCAUCAAGCGCCGGCUGGAGAGCGUGGCCAGCACGGGAAGCUCGGCCAGCUCCGGCUUCAUCGAAGAUAAGAGCUACUGCGACUCGGAGGAAGACGAUGAAGAACCAGAGGAUUUGUACAAGAAAGUCUUAACCAUGGAGGAUUUGAUCUGCUACAGUUUCCAAGUAGCCAAGGGCAUGGAGUUCCUGGCCUCACGAAAAUGCAUCCACCGCGAUUUGGCUGCCAGGAACAUACUGCUGUCGGAGAACAACGUCGUCAAAAUAUGCGACUUCGGGCUGGCGAGGGACAUCUACAAGGACCCGGACUAUGUGCGAAAAGGAGACGCCAGACUACCGCUGAAGUGGAUGGCGCCAGAAGCCAUUUUCGACAAGAUCUACACCACGCAGAGUGAUGUGUGGUCUUUCGGAGUCCUCAUGUGGGAGAUAUUCUCAUUGGGUGCUUCCCCUUACCCGGGCCUGCACAUCGACGAGGAGUUCUGCUGCAGACUAAAGGAGGGGACACGAAUGAGAGCUCCAGAGUACUCCUCCUCCGAAAUAUACCAGACGAUGCUGGACUGCUGGCAGGGCGAGGCAGCGGAGAGGCCCACGUUCACUGAGCUGGUGGAGCAGUUGGGGGACCUGCUCCAGGCCAGCGUGCAGCAGGAAGGUAAGGACUACAUCCCCAUAAACACGGCCCUUCUGACCAAAGAGGGCAGGCCCACCGGAUCCUCCAUCGCAGAGGAGACCUCUGACACUCUCCCUUCACACAGAGACUCCAGGAGCAGCUGCAACAUCAAGAUCCGACCUGCCAGCGUAAAGACCUUUGAUGAGGUUACCAUGGAGAGUGACACAAGCGAGUCUCAGGAGGGAGGGCAGUCUGACAGCGGCAUGGGCCUCUCCUCUGACGACAUGAAGGCCCUGAAGCGGCUGGAAUCGCUGGCUGGACCGCUGAGCAUAAUGGCCCUGGCGAUGAAAGCAGGGAGUAAGAGCAAGGAGUCGGUCCUGCUGGAGGCGGAGAAGGAGAAGUUCCAGCCCCCGAGUCCCGACCUGGACCUCAGCCUGGAGGACUCCUCCCUCGACCCGGCCUUGGAGUGCCACAGCCCGCCGCCCGAUUACAACUACGUGGUCCGCUACUCCACCCCUCCCGUGUAGCCGGCCCUGCUGCGCCCCGCCCCAGCUCUCCCCCACCCUCCGCCGAACCUGCGCCUCUCCUGGAGAAUCUGACUGACCGACUGCCUCAAGAGCCCAGACCCCACUCCUGUCCGCGGCCUGCAUUCUCCAGGAGAUCCACCCGCACCCUUCCGCUCUUCAGUUAGAGUUUUCGUUUUUAUUGCGCUCUUCCCGCAGUGCAGCUACCUACAGCAGGAAUAAAACACACAAAAAAAACAAACAAAUGUGCCACUUUAUUACAGCUGUCAGAAGAAGUAAAGAACACAGAACCCAGAGACAGACAUUUCCCCCCUCACCCAAAGUUCAAAGUUCAAAUUCUGCACUUUGUCCGUAUCUGCUUAUCCUCCAGGAGGACUUUUCCAAAGGAAAACCACCUGUUUGGAGUUGUCCCCACUGGCAUUCCGAGGCAGUUCACCUAUAGCUUCCCCAGGGCUCUAACAGAGGGUGCUGCUAGAAUAUUCCACAGACCAAUAUGACGUCUGUGCUUUCAGCAUAAAGACAUGCUCAGGUAUUUUAAUAAUCUACUGUGAAAGCUAAUGAGAACAAACGUCCCUAGUAUUGUACAGAUGAAUUAGCCAUUUAUUCAGCUGAUCACUCUGUUAUUGUGUACCAGAGGUAGGCCGUGUACGAGAUGUGUGUCUUUGUAACCAAGUUACACCCAGGCGGACGAGGGCAGGAAAUAGAGAGGGGAGGGUUCAUUAAAGUGUAAAUAUAUUUUCUAAGGAAAUUGAAACUGGAAAAUGUUUUAUAUUAUUUUCAAUGUGUAUUUCAUUUUUUUUUUUUGUUGUUAUAAACAGUAUUCUCUUGGAGAUAGCUAUAAAGAAUAUUUGAAACAAGUUUAUUUAAAAAAAUCUUUAAACAUAUUCCUUCACCCGGUUUUUUAAAGCUACUGGUAGCAAGAGAGAGAAAGAGAGAGAGUGAGAGAGUGUGAGAGAGAGAGAAAGAGAAAGAGAGAGGGAAGUCUCUGAAUUAUUGAAAGUGCAGUCUGAAAGCAUUCCCCGCUCCAGCAGGCUAAUAUACUGAAUUCCCCAGUCUCUUCAGUCUUUUCAGGAAACCAGUCGUGUUUUGGUUGGAUCUGCUGCCCGCAGUGGCUGGUUUAAUCUCCGUUACUCGGGUUAAAGUGCACCUUGGGUAUUUCUCCACACACACACACACAAAAAAAACAUCACAUCAUCCUGCUGCCGAUGCUUUGUUUUUACUUUAUUAUUAUUUCUCCCGGAUAAUUUAAUAAGCAUUAAAACAUUAACCUGGGGGCAGUGUGUUUUGGUUGUGCAUGCCCAGAAAGCUCUGUGGAAAUGACUACCAUACAGCGGGAUUCAGUACUGCUUUGUUCCUCCCAACAAACUUCCCCUGCAUUUAACACUUUGAGAAAAGAAACCUGGGUGCUCUUUAGUCAUGUAACUGGCAGGUAGACGUAUUCAUCGGUGUAGGUUGACGUGUACCACAGUAUCUAUUCCCCAUGGGGGCAGCAGCCACACAGUGUGACUGUAAAGCCUGAUUUAUACUUCUGCGUUGAAUCUACUAGCCUACGCGUAGCCGCAUUCCCUACACGGUAGCCUACGGCGUAGCCUGACAUGCACAUCCCCAGAAAUGUAACUACGCAGAGACCCAACACCUCUGUGUAGCCUAUGGCGUAGGGAACACGGCUAUGCGUAGGCUAGGCUGUAGCAUCUGCGUAGAUGCAGAAGUAUAAAUCAGCCUUAAAAAGAAACAAGCCCCAGGACCUGGCCGUCUUCCAUUUACAAACAGAACGGGAUCAUCAUCCACAUCUGCAGAGGAAAAAAAAAAAAUCCACAUUUUUAUUCCUGUUUUUGUUUUAAUUCAUCCAAAUAAUUCAUUUGUGUUCUUUCUUCUAGCCCCUAUGGUUAGCGAUUCAUGAGGAAAGGGCUCUGUAUUUAUAUCUAAGAGCAGCUGAACAGAGGUUAAAUGCUGUGACUUAUGAACAUACUACAUGGAAAGUGUUUAUUUUUGUUUGUACAAUGCUGGUCAGAAACAGUGACCAGAGGAUUAGUAUUUCAGUCGGCUAGUUGAAGAGAUAAACUAUGCAUAUUUAUUUGGGAAAUAUAUCUGUCACAUGUGGUUCAAAGGUCAAAUGCAAUGUAAUUUAAAUUCCAAAACUGUUAAAUGUCAACCAAAGGAUCGUGUGCCCUAAGCAACUCUAUAUAAGAAUUACUAACAUUCCAUUUCUAUUUCUUUUAUAAUGAGCAAAUCUUUUGUGAUGUUUUACGCUGCUGUAUACACUAUGGUUACAAUAGGAAGAAAUGUAGUGAUUUUCUUCUGUUAACAGGAAUGUUUAUAUUGAGUUUGGUAACAGAUUCAAUUUCUUGUACUAAAAAUGUUACUAAAGCUUGCAGGGCAGGCUGUAGCUUCUGUGUCACAGGAACACUGAGUGUGUAGAUAGCUAUUCAAAGGCUGGUCACUAUAAACACAUCACCAUGAACAGAACUCAGUACUCCAAGCUGAAGGUAACUAAACAUGAAGGGAAAUAACAAACACAGGUAAUGAGGAUGCAGUCGAUACAUUCUGUUUCUCCUCGAUGUUGUAGCGCCUGAACUGAUAUCCUGCUUGAGUUUCUGUUAAAGAGUCUGUGUAAGAAAGCGCUGGUUUUAAGAUCAGGGUGAAUCUCGCAGCUGUUACACCCAGAAAUGCACAGUGAAGUAACUUCUUCAGCUGGAUCUUCUUCAGCUCUGGGUCUCUUCACACACACACACACACACACACACACUCACACACUCACACACUCACACACGCGGUUUGAGUGGCCAGUCGUGUACUAUGAAACCACUACUCUUGAAGUGCCAGUAAAACUAUGAGUGCAACGUCUGGACUGUUGAUUACUGCCAACAGUAUUACUGCCAACUGUUGUUUAUAUUAACAGGCUGAUUGGUUUGGAUGCUAAGUAUGGAAAAAAAAAUGUAUGCACUGAUGAUAUUUUCUUUCUUAUGUAGUUUCAUAAAUUUUUAUUCAAAAUGUAUUAUGUAUUUUGUAUUAUUAACCAAGUAUAAGGAAAUAAAUAAAUGAAUAAAGAUCUAUAUAUUUAUACAUUA